CAUGUUCGGAUUUGGUAAGGCAAAGGAUGAGGAAAAAGAAAAGUCAAAAAUUGAAACCAAAAAGAACCAGUCAGAAGAUCAGAAACCUGAUAAAGAUACAAAAAGAGUUAAAAAGGGCAGCGUAGAAGGAUUACAAGAGGAGCCACUCAAGGAAAAACAACAGGAGGAAACAAGGAAAUCAGAAGAGAAGCAAACUGAAAAAAACGACACAGAUGAAAAACAGAGCAAAGAACAGGAAAAAUCUGAGUCAAAACUCAAGAAAGACCAAGAUUUGCUGAAAGAAGAGCAAAAGGCUCUAGAAAAAGAGAAAUCUAAGCUAAAAAGUGAUCAGGAGAUGUUUCUCAGCAGGAAGACUGACAGUUACGAGGAAAAACAUGAAAAGCUCAUCGAUCUCUUCAAAAAUGAAUCUAGAAUUUCAUAA